UCAGUAUUUGUGGAAAAGGAUAGAUUUUUAUACCAAAGAGUCAAGUUGUAUUGCAUUUACUGUACUUCUGACAAUCACAUCAGCAUGUGUGCUUUACUGAACCUCCCAUGCGUGGUAUUAAUGCUUGUUGAGCGCUAUAUGUUCUCUCCCUCAGGGACGGACAGUGAGAAAGAGCAUCUGUAUACUAUAGUUCAGAGAUAACUGAACAGCUCAGCAUCACAAACUGAUAUCUUCACUCUAUGAAUGCAUUUGUUUGAAAUGAUAAACCGUGAUGCAUAAUUUCCCAUUCCACUGACCACUUGUGUCAGGCAAUGGAAGGAAAGACCCAAUUGCAGAAUGACAAAGUACAAGGGUUUAUUGACAGACAGGGAACAGAAGGGCACAUGCAGUGAAAGUCCAACAGGAGGGGAUACUGGGGUAAUGAUGGGAUAGCAGAGGGGGACCACUGGAACCAGCAUAGGGUGACCGCAGCUUGGACUACUGCUGAGGAGAUGGCAGGACCAGACAGAAUGUAGAUAACCAGGCGAGCACAAAGGAGCAGAGAACUGCAGCUUGAAGAUCACCCGCUCAGAACCAGUACAGCUGCCAGGGUGAGAGAACCAGCGGACGGCAGGGCAGGGCUGGAGGGGGGAAACACAACAGACAAAAACACACCACAAGACAGGACAAGACACCAACUAGCACACUAGACAAACAAGACAACCCCCCCCCCCACAAGAAAAAAUAAAGAUCAAAACAAAUAAGAGAAAGGGAGAAAAUAUAACAACAACAAAAAAAAAAGAUGAUAAUCAGACUUUGUUCUGUUUGGAGAUUAGAGUAAAAACUCCUGGAACUGGAGAAAAAUUAAAAACAAAAUAACUAAACUAGGGAAGGCGGCAAAAUAAAAGAAAUAAGAUCUAGACCCUUACUGGUAAAUGUAAAAUGCCAAGUUAAAAAAAUAAAUAAACUUGACUGGAGGCUUGAACCUAGCAAAAGACUAGAGGAAAAUCUCCUGGACAUUAGGAGAAAAAAUAAACUAAAACUAAAAAGAAACUAAAAGAGAAAACUUAGAAAAAUUAACAAUAUCAAAGAAACAAGGAGCUGGACUCAACAGGAAAAUCCAAAGGGAAAAGCAAAAGUUAGACUUGACUAGAACAGCUUGAAACUGCAAAACACACGUAAGGCAAACAUACAGCCAAAACAAACCGGCAACUACAAGAGGUAAGAGAGCACAAUAAGAAGGGCACAGCGACAUGAGGAACAGGUGAAAACACUCCGACUAAUGAGGACUAAACAAAGGAGCGUGGUACGAGUAACAAGGAGGCAGUACAAGAGGAGCGCAUGGCCAACACAAGAGACACGGCCAUGUGCUCAGGCACAAAAUAAACAAAGACACAUUUAACAAAGACAGGACAGACAAGACUGUCAGGGCAGGAUCCUGACAACUUCCUGUUACAUCAAGAGAUGCAGGAGUGGGGCCAUUCAGCUCAGUGUCACGUUGAUUUCCAGUGUGGAGGAUCAGCCUGAAGACCCUCCCUCCCUGCACCGCAAGAUAAGAGGCAUACAGAUAAUUUGGGAUUAGUGUGAGUCUAAAAGCACAAGAGGAACUCUGACCCAAUCAAAAUCUGACUUCUCUCAACAGCAUUGAUCAGAACAUCAGCCAGAUCCACAGCAAUCCUCCAGAAGAAGAUUUUGAGCUGGUUUUGGAGCUUGGAGAGGUGCUGGAUGAAGAUGAUGUUCUUAAGCAGUCUGCUGUUUGUGUCGGGAGAUUUUCUCCUGGCCUGCUCUCUGAAGAACUACACGCUGUAUGUGGAGAGACACGAGUGCGGUCACUGCAUGGCCAUCAACACCACCAUGUGCAGCAGAAUGUACUUCACACAGUGACUGCGCUUCUGUCUACCACAGCCCUCUAACCAAACCACAAACCUCUCACCAUGGCUCAACAACAAAUCAGCCUCCCUGCAAAACUCAUCAAUGGUGGAGUUGCUGGACUGGUGGGUGUUACCUGUGUGUUUCCUAUAGAUCUUGCCAAGACAAGACUCCAGAACCAAAGAGGAAGCCAACGGGUUUACAAGAACAUGAUGGACUGUUUGAUUAAGACUGUUCGAUGUGAGGGAUACUUUGGAAUGUACAGAGGUGCAGCAGUCAACCUAACACUGGUGACUCCUGAGAAGGCCAUCAAACUGGCCGCCAAUGAUUUCUUCCGUCAGCGGCUCAGUAGGGGAGAACUCAAACUGAGCGUGUUUCAGGAAAUGUUGGCUGGCUGCGGGGCAGGGAUGUGUCAGGUCAUUGUCACAACCCCGAUGGAAAUGCUCAAGAUCCAGCUUCAGGAUGCAGGACGACUUGCGGCCCAGCAGAGAAAGUUACCCGUGCUCCACACUGUGAAACUUGGGACAGCCAGUCCGGUCCUGAACUGUUCGUACAAUGUGGGUCCUGUGUCUUCAAUUAGGAAAGUGUCAGCCAUUCAGAUUGCCCAGGAACUGUUUCGCACAAAGGGCAUCCAAGGACUCUACAAAGGACUCGCAGCAACCCUCAUGAGGGACAUCCCUUUCUCUGUGGUUUACUUUCCGCUGUUUGCCCACAUCAACAAGCUGGGAAAGACAUCUGAGGAUGACAAUGUGCCUUUUUACUGGUCAUUUAUUUCGGGGUGUGUGGCUGGAUGUACAGCGGCUGUGGCAGUCAGUCCUUGUGAUGUUGUGAAAACCCGGCUGCAGUCACUCAAUAAAAGUGCAAACGAAGAAACCUACAAUGGUGUGGCAGACUGCAUCAGAAAGAUAAUGCGUAAAGAAGGCCCAACUGCUUUUUUGAAGGGUGCCGGCUGCAGGGCGCUGGUCAUUGCUCCACUCUUUGGAAUUGCUCAAGUGGUUUACUUCAUCGGUGUUGGGGAAUUUCUUUUGGGACAAACCCCAUUCAACCUUUACUCUGUCUAAGCUAUGAAACCACCUGAAUUAAACUUUAAAGACCAACGCAGCUAUGAUGCGACUAUUUAACUGAGAACAAACCAACCUGUUCUCAUGACAAUUUGUAAUAAUUUGUAUGAGAAGGCAAAAUUGUUCAAAUCUGGGUCAUAAAUAAACAUAUAACCCAAAUCUACCAUUACAGUAAUCUGGAAAACACAUACUGUAUAAAGUUUAAAUGUUUCUAUAUACACCAAGUUAUAGGACAUCAUAAACUCUCAGAAAAAAAGGGUACAAAAGUUGUCACUGGGGUAGUACUCUUUCAAAAUUAAUAUGUACCACUAGGCAUUAAUAUGUUUGUGUAAGGUACGAAGGUGUAUACCACCCCAAUACCUUUUUUUUUUUUUUUUUUUUUUUUUUUUUUUUCAUGAGGGGACAGAUUCACCAUCUCACACAAACUAUUCUGUGUUGUAUAAUUGUUAGUGUGUUGAAACAAAUGGUUGUUGGAGAAGACUGUUAAGGGCUUAGAGUUUAAGAUCAUGUCUUUACAUGCUACCUAUAGCAUAGUCAACUGGCUUAUUCAGGAAGCUAUAUCAUUGCACAUGAUUGUUUUUUUUUUCUUUGGAAAUGUAUGGUCAGAGAGGUCAGAUUUAUCCUCAGUGAGGGUUGAUUUGAAAGCUUAUGGCUAUGACUCAUGCAUUUAAAGGGCCAGAAAAUCAUGCAAUAUCUUUUUUUUUAUAUACAUAUGUCCUUCAUUAACAGUUUCUGUCCUACCUUUCUUGUGAGGUUUUGUAUAUGCACAAUAUAAGAGUCACUGCUGAAUAAUGUGGACAUUAGCAUGGAGGCAUACCUAUGAGGACAUUGUUAUACAAUAUACAGUACACGACUCUGAAGAGACACACACAGAGACAGGAUGUUUGAUUCCUGCUGAAGCAAGGCUUUACUUUUACAGAAUUAAAAGGCAUUCUGUUCCACCUAACCUUGUUAAACUGUCAUACUUAAGAGUGUGUGUAAAAAUCUUGAACCAUUCCAGAAACUGGGUAUUUGAGUGUGCUAAACGGAAGAAAUAUAGAACAAAACUGUUUGACACAAGGACCAUAACUAAAAACAAUGUGUUUUCUUCUUGUUAAUUCCACAAUUUUGUUGUUAGUACAUGCAAAUACAUUUCAAAAAGUUUCUUAAAAAGUUCUCAGCUGUUUUUUUUAAUUUUUUGUUUAUUUGGAAUGACACAAAAGUAUGUUUUUUUGGAUAAGCUGUGCUCUAUUAACAUUUCUAAUAAAUUUGGCAAUGAUUUAAAAUAGACAACACAAUCCAUAAGCGUGAAGUAUGUAAAAAUGACUGAUAUGCUUUGUAAGUGGUGUUCAGAGAUAUGAAUGAAAAACAAAAAAGAAAUCUACCUAACAAAACUAACUCAGAACUAAGUUCAGGCUAAAUUCAUUGAGGUUAUCAGUAUUGAAGUAUAAAAUUUGCCUUUAUUUUUAGCUCAAAAUAGAUAGAAUAAAAGUUUUAUACAGUGGAUAUUGUAUUAUGUGCG